GAGUCGCGAGCUGGCGCCAGGGCGGCCGGAGGAUGCCGAGGGGCCGGAGCCGGGCGGGCCUGAGGCCGAGGCGCGCGCUGUCCCCUGAUCCUACCCCGUGAGCCCAGCCGCCCGAAGCGCGAUUCCUGAGCCCGCCACUCCCGGGGCUCCCUACGGUGCUGAUCCCCCGAUCCCGAGGCCGCGCCCCCCCUCCUCGCGGCGCUGGGUGUGGACGCCGCCACCGCCUCGGCCCAGAUCCCGAGCCUCCACUGCGGGCCAUGGAGGUGGCGCCGGAGCAGCCGCGCUGGAUGGCGCACCCCGCCGUGCUGAAUGCGCAGCACCCCGACUCGCACCAUCCGGGCCUGGCGCACAACUACAUGGAGCCCGCACAGCUGCUGCCUCCCGACGAGGUGGACGUCUUCUUCAACCACCUAGACUCGCAAGGCAACCCGUAUUACGCCAACCCAGCCCACGCGCGGGCGCGCGUCUCCUACAGCCCCGCGCACGCCCGCCUGACCGGAGGCCAGAUGUGCCGUCCACACUUGUUGCACAGCCCGGGGUUGCCCUGGCUCGAUGGGGGUAAAGCUGCCCUCUCCGCUGCUGCAGCACAUCACCACAAUCCCUGGACCGUGAGCCCCUUCUCCAAGACACCGCUGCACCCCUCAGCUGCUGGAGGCCCCGGAGGCCCCCUCUCCGUGUACCCAGGGGCAGGGGGUGGGAGUGGGGGAGGCAGCGGGAGCUCUGUGACUUCCCUCACUCCCACUGCAGCCCACUCUGGCUCCCACCUCUUCGGAUUCCCACCCACUCCGCCCAAGGAAGUGUCUCCCGACCCGAGCACCGCCGGGGCUGCCUCUCCAGCCUCCUCUUCCGCAGGGGGUAGUGCAGCCCGGGGGGAGGACAAGGAUGGCAUCAAGUACCAGGUGUCACUGACCGAUAGCAUGAAGAUGGAAAGCGGCAGUCCCUUGCGCCCAGGCCUGGCUGCCAUGGGCACCCAGCCUGCCACACACCACCCCAUCCCCACCUACCCAUCCUAUGUGCCGGCCGCUGCCCACGACUACAGCAGCGGACUCUUCCACCCUGGAGGCUUCCUGGGUGGCCCUGCGUCCAGCUUCACCCCUAAGCAGCGCAGCAAGGCACGCUCCUGCUCAGAAGGCCGGGAGUGUGUCAACUGUGGGGCCACGGCCACCCCUCUCUGGCGGCGAGACGGCACCGGGCACUACCUGUGUAAUGCCUGCGGGCUCUACCACAAGAUGAACGGGCAGAACCGGCCACUCAUCAAGCCCAAGCGGAGACUGUCGGCUGCCAGGAGAGCCGGCACCUGUUGUGCGAAUUGUCAGACGACAACCACCACCUUAUGGCGCCGAAACGCCAACGGGGACCCUGUCUGCAACGCCUGUGGCCUCUACUACAAGCUGCACAAUGUGAACAGGCCGCUGACCAUGAAGAAGGAAGGGAUCCAGACUAGGAAUCGGAAGAUGUCCACCAAGUCCAAGAAGAACAAGAAAGGUGCAGAGUGCUUUGAGGAGCUGUCCAAGUGUAUGCAGGAGAAGGCCUCCCCCUUCAGCGCCGCUGCCCUGGCCGGACACAUGGCGCCCGUGGGCCACCUCCCACCCUUCAGCCACUCGGGACACAUCUUGCCCACCCCAACGCCCAUCCACCCCUCCUCCAGCCUCUCCUUCGGCCACCCCCACCAUUCCAGCAUGGUGACCGCCAUGGGCUAGGGACAGCCCCCCAGAAGCAGACGGACAGAUGCCGAGGAGGGUGGCGGGCAGCUCAAGGCUGGGCGCCCCUAGGCAGGGUGGGCCAAACCCUUAGCAGCCUGCCCUUCCCCGAAGACUGAUGCCACUCCUGUCAGCCCGGCCGGAGCCCCAAGCUGCCUCUCCUGUGGGCGCUCCACUUGGCCGUCAGCGGUCACUGUGAAGAUUCUCACCCGGGCUGGGAGGCAGCCUUGGCCCGGCUUGCUGCCCAGGUGGGGUUUCCAUCACGGACGAUUGUUUGGAGAACAGAAUGGACAACUUUAUAAAGAGAAGAAGAGGGGGGCAGGGGACAAACGAAGAAAACCGUGUUUAGAAGGAGAAAGGAGUAGGCAAAAAUAAUUUAUUGCGCUCUUGUUUCUAGCAAGGACUGGGGAGACGUUCCCAAGUUCUCUUCUGGGUCUUCUUCUGCGCCAAGUGCUGCUUGGCCCAUCUGCUUGCGGGGCCCUGGGGGCAGGUGUGUGGGCGUGGGGGGGUGCGGAGGCCCUGGCCCACACCUUCUCUUCUGGCUUCCUUUCCUGAAACAGCUGAAGCCCAGGUUGGGCUGAGUCAGUGCAGCGGGGCUACCAGCCUGGGGAGGCUGAGCGGUGCGUGCCCUGGCGGCCAGGCCCUGGAGGGCAGAGACAAUCAUGGGCGGUCCUGCGCAGAUUCCCAGGCCAGGGCUGGGUCACAGGAAGGAAACAACAUUUUCUUGAGAGGGGAAAUGUCUCCCAGAUCGCUCCCCUGGCUCUGAGGCCGAAGCUGGUGUGACCCGUGUCCCCUUAAUGAGCCUGAGCCACAGCCUGACUCCAGCCAGGUGAACCCCUGUACAUACAUCCUUUUUCUGCGACACCCCUCAACCCCCUCCCCUCCCACUCUGAGACAAAAGAAAAAAAAAAUAUAUAUAUAUAUAUAUAAAAGACUGCAUAAGCUUAACUCGCUGAGGAGUUAGUUGUUUUAUUUUUAAACUCAUUUUGGGUCCAGUCAAUUGUACGUUGCCACGGAAGCCCUUGCUAUGGAAAGGAAUAAAACCUACAAACCAAG